CUUUCGAUACCAAAAUAAAGAGCAUUUGAUAGAGAUAUAAUCAUUAUUUUGUACUUAAUCAUUACGUGAAAUGAAUCGAUCAGUUGAGAAUCAGAUAGGAUAGGAUAAUGAUAGAUAGUGUGUGUUGUAUCAGACUCAUCAAAUUGAGGCUAUAUUAUCGAUAGAACAUAAACUUGUCGUUUCUCAUCAAAGCUUCCAGGAAUAUAAACCGAAAGGGGAAAUCAGUCAUCGCUUCGCGUUUUCCGCUGAAGAUGAUAAAUUGUAGACUUCGCUUGUAGGAAUAUAAUCACUAUAAAAAUGCUCCUUGCUGAAAUCGCUAUACUACUGAUCAAGGUUGCAAUCUUCGCAAAGAUUACCGCUGAAAACGAGGAAAAUUUCCUCUUCACGGCCAAACGUCUUCCUCCGCAGGCCGUCACACCUACCCUGGCGAACGGGAACAUCGCCUUUGUGGUAUAUGGUAAUGCCGUGCACAUGAACGGGGUCUACAAUGGUUUCCGAGGGGUUAGCCAUCGGGCUCGUAUCCCAAACCUUGCAAACAUUCAGAUCGCGUACUGUGCCUCUUUUGUCGCACAUCCUUUCGGAUGUAGCUAUCAGCUGGACAUGAGAAAAAACAUGUUCCGAACUACAUUCGCUGAUCCUAAACAGCAAAUUCGCGUCAUCCACACUGUCUAUCCGCAUCGAUACUUUGAUAUGGCCAUCGUGAAUACGAUACGUAUUCAAAGGGUGAACGCCGAAGGCCCACUAUCGGUGCCCAUCAGAAGAAUUACGGGUCCGGCAAGUGUGGAUCUAUCAUUAAGUCAAUCUCAGCCAGUUGAAAUUGAUGGAAACCGUUUCAAUGCUCGCUGCGGUAGAACAAAACAGGUCGAGGAUCCUCGUUUCCAACCACAUGGUCACGAUGUGUGCAUCUACACUCCACCAUUGCCUGCACAUCUUAAUCUUACCGCGGAUCAAACCGAGCAGGAGUUUAACUUUUAUACCAUUUUCACACGUACUCAUCUCGAGGCUGAAAACGAAAUUCGCGCAAUGCUCGGGGCUGACGUAGAAUCUUCACACAUACGCGAGAUGGAUCGAAUAUGGAGUAAAUAUGGAGUUACAGUUGAGGGUAAUGACGAACUGGAUCGGGUACUGAGGGCCAGUUCCUUCUUUCUCUCAAGUUCUCUCCCAUCAGCGAACACAAACCAACCGAGCAGCUAUCCCUUCUACGGUCUUUCCCCAUCCGGUCUGGGACGCGGUGGAGAGAAACUCAAGGAAUACCAAGGGCAUAACUUUUGGGACACCGAAAUUUGGAUGUUUCCACCAAUUUUAUUGAUGGAUCCAGAUAAUGCCCGCAAGUUGCUGCACUAUCGAACCGUUGUCCAUAGAGGAGCCGCCGAUUAUGCCGCCAGCAAUGGAUACAAAGGUUGGCAGUUUGCGUGGGAAUCCGCAUUCACUGGCACAGAAGUCACCCCCGAUUGCUGCUACCACGUGUCGGACUAUCAGCACCACAUUACCGCGGAUGUGGCCUACGCUGUCCGGCAGUACUUUUUCGCAACCCAUGACGUGCAAUGGAUGCAUGUCGAAGGAUGUCGACUGGCAUACGAAACGGCCAAAUUUUGGGAGAGUCGGGUGGAGUAUAACUGGACGACCGAUUUGUACGACAUUCAUCGCAUCAUGGGACCGGAUGAGGAUCACCACAACAACAGCAAUAGCGUGUACACAAAUAUAGUGGCUGCUCAUAAUUUACUGUUCGGCGAAUUUGCCAGCUGUAUGUGUCCCGGGCUGGCUGGAGUUGACGAGCGCUCACAAUUCAUUCGAAUAGCUAAAGGAUUAAGAUUAUUGUAUGAUGAAGUGAGAAAUUAUCAUCCACAGUAUGAGGGUUACGAAUUAGGAAUUCCAAUCAAACAAGCGGACGUCGUUCUGCUCGGAUAUCCACUGGAGUUUCCCAUGAACAAAUCCACCAAAAUCAAUAAUUUGAGAUUUUACAGUAAGGUAACACGCUCUGAUGGCCCGGCCAUGACCUGGGCUAUCCACACUAUUGGACAUCUCGAUUUGGGGCAGUUCAAAGAAGCCGAAAAAAUGUUCCUGAAAAGCUACAAGCAAUACAUGCGUGCUCCUUACAACGUCUGGAGCGAGAAUGGCGAUGGAUUCUCCGAUGGAGCAGGUAACUUCAUCACUGGUGCAGGAGGCUUCCUACAAUCCAUCAUUAACGGUUACGCUGGUGUUCGGCUACGACAUGGGGAACUUGUGAUAACGAAACCCCUCGUGCUACCCAGGACCACUCGUCUGUACAUUCCCGAGAUAAACUACAUGGGUGUUAAAUUGUAUCUGGAUAUCAAAGAAAGCGAGGUGCGACUUGGUUUCAAACAGGGUUCCAACAUGGCCGCUGUGAAAGUCGACGUCGACGGAGUGGAGCAACCCUUCUGUGAUACUUGUUCCGCUUCCUUUAGCGACAAAGUUGUAAUUCGCCCGGCGGAGGAACCGAUGUUGAAUGGAUGCAAGCUGGAGGAGACUCGCAUCGGUAUAACAUUGGCCGACCAGGGUGAGAAGGGCUUCGUGACGAACGCCACCCCAAUAAUGUUUUCCUCACUGCUGGUGAUUCUAGGUCUUCGGAAAUUAUUAUGACACUCUCAGCCACAUCACUUGCAACAAGCCAGUGAUGAUGCGAAAGUAAAGAAAAGGCUGAAAAAAGUAUCCAGACGCUCACGAAAUAAGUUAAUUGUAAAUAAAUAAUAAAGUUAACGUUUAA